UAGAUGUGAUCAUCGGUUCUUUGGAAUAGCCUGCUGCACACAGUUGUUCACUCUGCUGCAACCAGUGUCCACCCUUUCUCUACUCAGGCUGUAGUUGAAUACCAAGAAAGCCAUGGCUGUCCAGCAGCAGAUCACCACUGUAACCACCACCCAGAGCUCAGGGCAAUGGAGCACAGGACUGUUUGACUGCUGCUCUGACAUGGGCACAUGUUGCUGUGCCACCUGGUGCUUCCCCUGUUUUCAGUGUCAGACGGCCUCCCACUACGGCUGGUGUGUCUGUAUGCCCCUGCUGGACCCAUGUGCCUUUAUGGCUGUCUCCUGCUGCAUGCGCUCCUCCAUGAGAGAGCGCUAUGGCAUCCAGGGUUCGACCUGUGUGGACGUCGGGUUGGUGUGUUGCUGCUACGUCUGUGCCUGGUGCCAGAUGGCUCGUGAGGUUAAGACGCGGACCACAUCAGGCAUCCAGCAGGUUCACGUGGUCACCCAACAGCUUCACGUGGCUUAGGACCCAGAAAAGAGAGUGGUAACUAGAUGGCCAAGCAAGAAGUGCAAUUUAAUCAGAAAUGUUGAGCAAGUGCUUUAACUUUUUGUUCCCUAUCUUGUGUGACGGUUAACAUAGUGCGUACUGUUUGCAUUUAUUGUUUGAAAAAGAAUUCCAUAAUUCUGCUAUCAUGGACGAAUAGUGACGUCCAAGAAAGAGGGCCAUACAUAUAAUACCCCUCCAAUCUAUAGCAACCAUACUGUGUGUUGAAUGUACUGUAUACUUCAGAUGUGUCUUUUGGAGAGAAAUGUUAUACCAUUAUUAAUGUCUUAAUAACCAUCGAAUGUUCAUGUCAGGCUUAAAACAUUUUAAACAGCUUACCAUGUUCUUGCCCUUCUUGUGCACUUCUCUUUUCUUACUAGUCCUGCCUUUGCUGAAAGCUGCUCCAUCAAGGAAAGGUUUGCUUAAAAUGACUGCGAUAUGUGGUUGUCUUACCUAGCUACCUUAAGAAUAAUGAUAUGUGGUCGUCUUACCUAGCUACCUUAAGAAUAAUGAUAUGUGGUUGUCUUACCUAGCUACCUUAAGAUUAAUGAUAUGUGGUUGUCUUACCUAGCUACUUUAAGAUUAAUGAUAUGUGGUUGUCUUACCUAGCUACCUUAAGAUUAAUGAUAUGUGGUUGUCUUACCUAGCUACCUUAAGAUUAAUGAUAUGUGGUUGUCUUACCUAGCUACUUUAAGAUUAAUGAUAUGUGGUUGUCUUACCUAGCUACCUUAAGAUUAAUGAUAUGUGGUUGUCUUACCUAGCUACUUUAAGAUUAAUGAUAUGUGGUUGUCUUACCUAGCUACCUUAAGAUUAAUGAUAUGUGGUUGUCUUACCUAGCUACUUUAAGAUUAAUGAUAUGUGGUUGUCUUACCUAGCUACUUUAAGAUUAAUGAUAUGUGGUUGUCUUACCUAGCUACCUUAAGAUUAAUGAUAUGUGGUUGUCUUACCUAGCUACCUUAAGAAUAAUGAUAUGUGGUCGUCUUACCUAGCUACCUUAAGAUUAAUGAUAUGUGGUCGUCUUACCUAGCUACCUUAAGAUUAAUGAUAUGUGGUUGUCUUACCUAGCUACUUUAAGAUUAAUGAUAUGUGGUUGUCUUACCUAGCUACCUUAAGAUCAAUGAUAUGUGGUUGUCUUACCUAGCUACCUUAAGAUUAAUGAUAUGUGGUUGUCUUACCUAGCUACUUUAAGAUUAAUGAUAUGUGGUUGUCUUACCUAGCUAUCUUAAGAUUAAUGAUAUGUGUUUGUCUUACCUAGCUACUUUAAGAUGAAUGAUAUGUGGUUGUCUUACCUAGCUACUUUAAGAUUAAUGAUAUGUGGUUGUCUUACCUAGCUACCUUAAGAUUAAUGAUAUGUGGUUGUCUUACCUAGCUACCUUAAAAUUAAUUAUAUGUGGUUGUCUUACCUAGCUACCUUAAAAUUAAUGCUCUGGAUAAGUGCGCCUGCCAAAUAGCAAAACGUGUAACCCAUGAUUCAAAUGCCAACCACAUUUCAGUUGAAUGUUCUUAUGUGUAAAUAUAUGCCAUUUAGCAAACCAUUUAGUUCAAAGCGAGUUACAGUUUUGUGCGCAUACAUUGAUUGUUUGGGUGGUCCCAGGAUUCAAACCCACUAUCCUGGUGUUGCAAGCGCCAUGCUCUACCAAAUGAUCUACAGAGAACCACUCGUUUCUGGUUGAUUUCAUUGCUUUCUUCUUGAUUUGAUCUGCUUGGUCCAUAUGUGUUUUUAAAUAAAGCAUUUACCUGUCUUACCUUGACAGACUUGUUAAAAA